AUGCCCGGUGUCCCAACAGGUCGGGCUUGUGACGCAUGCCGCAAGCAGAAGAAAAAGUGCGAUGAAAAACAACCUGCAUGUGGACGAUGUCUUCGUCUGAAAGUGGGCUGUGUGGGGUCUGGUCAGCAACGAUUCAAGUUCAAACAACAACAAUUUUCUCCCAAAUCAAAUCAAAGCUGUCAAAUGACUCUCGCUCCGAGAUCGAGAUCGAGAUCGCCAGAAGAAGAAAAAUAUUCUGUUGAAAUACCCCGGACAUAUCCUGGCAAUAGUAUGACAUCGUUGAUGAAUAAGUUUGUCGGCGCCAUAAAACGAUCCACGGACUUCCGAUACAAUAUGUGGUGGUCUUUCGGCAUGUUCCUGGAAGAUGUACCCCGACGACUGGGCAGUAACGAAGCACUCGACCGUGCAGUUGACGCGGUUACCACUGCCCACGCAGGCUUCUGCACCCGCCAACCAGUUUCGACUGAAGCAUUAGCGAAGUAUUCAUAUGCGCUUAAGACCCUACGGGUAUAUCUAGAUGAUCCGCUCCAGGCGACUGCUUCCAGUACACUAUGUGCCGUGAUGAUACUUUUAGUCUGCCUAACAUUCAUCGGAAAUAAUGGGCAAAUGUUGUCAGGACAUGCGCAAGGGGCUGCCAGCAUUCUACGUGCGCGAAAGAACUUUGGGCCACGCGACGACUUUGAGCGUAAAUUGUUUCUCUCCUUACGGGGAAGCAUGUUAUUCGAGGGCUUACACAAUGAUAGUAUCGACCUGACCCUCGAGGAGUGGGAUGCCUUGGCUAAGAAUGACUUUGAUCAAGACGAACCCGAAGGCCAGAUUUUACGAUGCCUAGUACGAGCCCCGGCCCUAAUAAAACGCGGCAAGCAAGCCAUACGCGACUGCGAAGACUUAACACCAUUGACACUGGAAGCCCGACCAAUAUACGAAAAAUGCAAAUUGCUCCUGGCUAUGUUGAAAGCUCGAACAGUCGACUUUGAAACAUCGGAGCUAAAUAUCAUGCCAGAAACGUUCAUGGCCCGGAUAUUGCGAGCACAUUAUUUCCGCACCCAUGGAAUUGGUCUCGCAAUCACAAUAUCUUUCAAUUGCAUCCUUCGGGUACUGGAUCCCAGUGAUUACGCCUGCAUGAUAGAAUCGAGAUCUCUUGUUGAAGAUACUCUCAUACAUGCCCAGAAGGCCAAUGUGUACAGACCCGUUGGAGCAGGAUAUGUUAUAAUGUGUCUGGCAGCAGCAUGGGGUGUUUCUACAGACCCCGAACUGCGGUCAAGGGUGGACGUCGCAUUGAUUGACUACUACGGUGACUUU